AUUUUGUGCGUCUCCGUCACGCCUUCACUUGACAUCCGAUGUUGAAACAGCUCGUCAGAGUUGCCGUGCUGGUUGCAGCGGUUGCCUUCGCUUGGCGCUAUUCCUCACGUCCCGUUCUCACCGUCAACCUCGAAGAUCACGUCGCUAUCGACGCACCGAGCCGCAAGACAUUCAGAAUCCUGGCCGACGUCGAGACCUACUUCCACAAAAUUCAUCCUCUAUAUGUCGAUCCACCAACGUUGGUCGAUCGGUUCAUGCGAUCUCGCGAGAUAAUUGAGUGGAAAUUUAGAGGAAAGCAACAGACUCAUUCCAUCGGGUUGCUGGCGGAUAUGGUGGAGUCUGAGGUCGUCAUUCUAAGCAAUAUGUUUGAUUCUGCUGUUACCGUUAAUACAUCGAGUUGGGUUGACUUUUCGGCGAUUGUGUUUCACACUGAGUCUUCGGAUGCAAACUCUGUGUUGACUUGUCGCUAUCGAUUAUAUUUUCCUUGGCUGGGAAAGUUGUUUCUUCAAGGCACGCUUAUUGAAAACUCUAGGAAGUAUCAACGUCAGAUGCUGGAAAAUGUCAAAAGUUUAGUGGAAGCAGAUUGAUGAACGAAAGGUAUGGAAAUGUAUUUGUACUGAUAUGCUGAACUGGUGCAUCUGCAUCUAGAUCUGUUGAUUUCGAUGGUGUAGCAUGCACUAGUGUGCAUGUCUAUUACACAGUAGGUAUCACAUUUUGUUCAGCGCAUCUAC